AUGGAAGGAGUUAAUGUUUCUACCCAUCCAGAGAUUCCUGGUGAGCCGACCCAGACAGGAACAGCCAUUCUUGAGAAGGCCACCGCCACUAUUCAAGGGUUUGGCCCUGUUAACAAAAUUCACCAGCAUCUCUGCGCAUUUCAUUUCUAUGGGCAUGAUAUGACUCGACAGGUGGAAGCGCACCAUUUCUGUGGACAUCUAAACGAGGAAUUCAGGCAGUGUCUUAUAUACGACAGGCCUGAUGAUGAUGGGCGGCUGAUUGGGCUGGAAUAUAUAGUAUCUGAACAACUGUUCUUGACACUGCCAGAUGAAGAGAAGAAAUUCUGGCACUCUCACGAAUUUGAAGUGAAGAGUGGGGUUCUGUUCAUGCCCGGAGUUCCCGGCCCCAUCCAGCGCCAGGAUUUAGAGAAGGUUGCCAAGACUUAUGGUAAGGUAAUUCACUUCUGGCAGGUUGAUAAAGGUGACAAUCUUCCCCUUGGAAUCCCUCAAGUUAUGAUGGCUCUCACUAGGGAUGGCCAGCUCUAUGAAAAUCUUGCUAAAGAUGUCGAGAAUCGCUUUAAUAUUUCAUUUGAGGAGGAGAAGGAGAAUCGAGCACACAUUAACGGCCCUGAUCAUGGAAUACAUCCAUUGGCGAAUGCAGCUGGCAAAGGGCUGCGGACAGUGCUGAGGGAAGUGGACUGCUUCAAGGAAGGGAAGUCUACUUGA